AUGAAAAUUUUGUAUUCAAAUUUUGAAUAUUUAGGAAAUGAAAUUAAGACAAAAUUAAUAAAGACCAUACCAUGGAAUGAACUAAGCAACUUUUCAAAACUCGAUGAAGGCCAUUAUGGAUUAGUAAGCAAGGCUUAUUGGACAAGGACGCAUAGUAAUGUUGUUUGUAAAGCAUUAAUAAAUCUGAAAGAUAUAAACGGCACUGCGUUUAUACAUGAAUUAACAAUGCAUACUAGGUCAGAUCUUUGUGAAAACAUCGUUCGAUUGUUAGGAGUCACUGAAGAUACUGUUAAUGACCGAUAUUUCCUUAUCAUGGAAUACGCAAAUGAUGGGAAUUUACGGAAGUUUCUCAAAGUAAAUAAUCAUUCAUUGAAUUGGGAUCAAAGAUUAGAGCUGGCCUGUCAAAUUACAAAAGGAUUAUGUUAUUUGCAUAGUGAAGGAAUUAUUCACAGAGACUUGCAUGAUAAAAACAUUGUUAUCCAUGAUAGAAAAGCAAAAAUAACUGAUUUUGGAAAUGCUACAAGCAUUAAUACACAGACAAAUAUACACAAUGAGCUUUUUGGAAUGAUUCCAUUUUUAGCUCCUGAAUUACUUGAACAACACACUUCAAAUAAAAUAUCAUAUUGCGAGAAAACAGAUAUUUAUAGCCUUGGCAUGAUAUUUUGGGAAUUAUCUAGUGGCCGUCCACCGUUCGAAAAUCAUCCAAAUUAUAUUUGUUUAUCGAUCAGUAUUGUUCGAGGUGAUAGAGAAAAUAUGAUUUCCGGAACUCCUGAAGAAUAUAAGAAUCUUUAUAGCAAAUGCUGGGAUGCAGAUCGACAUAAACGACCAGAUAUUGAAUAUGUGCACAAAUUGUUGGAAGGAAUGACUAAAAUCUUGCCAAAUGGUGACUUUACAGCUAUUAAUUCUGAAGAUAACAACUCAAUAACUGAACAAACACAAUCGACCGAAAAAUUCUAUGGUCCGUAG